GAUAUUGUGCAAAAAUAUGUAUAUAAGGACGCUUAACCUUGCUGGAUUUUUAAGGCAAUACCAACGAGUUGCAGACUUUUCGAAGUCGGCUUCUUCCCAUUCUUCAGUGAAACAUUCUGUGAUUGUGAAGAACUCGUCAAUGAAUUACAUAGAUGAAGGUUCAAGUGAAGUAAAUUCAGUGGUAUUUUUGCAUGGAAAUCCAACUUCUUCAUAUCUAUGGAGAAAUAUAUAUCCAAAGAUUUCUUCCAUUGCCCGCUGCUUUGCUCCUGAUUUAAUUGGGAUGGGUAGUUCUGAUAAAGUCAAAAAUCUCAUGUAUACAUUUGAUGAUCACUUUCAAUAUCUUUCCGAAUGGAUUGACAAGGUUGUGAAGACUGAUAAUAUUCAUUUUGUUAUUCAUGACUGGGGUUCAGUGCUUGGAUUUCAUUGGUCAAAUUUAAAUCGUGACAGAGUAAAGUCAAUUGUGCACAUGGAAGGUAUUGUUGCACCACUUGAAUCAUGGAAUGAAUUCCCAGAAGGUGGUCGAAAAGCCUUUCAAGGAAUGAGAUCGCCAGCAGGUGAGGAAAUGGUGCUAAAGAAAAAUUUUUUUGUUGAACGUAUUUUACCCAGCAGUAUUAUGACUAAAUUAAGUGAUGAAGACAUGGAAGAAUACAGAAAACCUUUUGCUGAUCCUGGGGAAGACAGAAGGCCAACUUUGACUUGGCCGAGGGAGAUUCCCAUAAAAGGUGAUGGACCAGACAAUGUGAUUGACAUAGCUGAUUCAUAUUACAAAUGGUUGUGUGAAAGCAAAAAUUUACCAAAACUUUUCAUCAAAUCUGAACCUGGAUUUUUUUCACCACUCAUCGAAGAUAAAACUAAAAAUUGGCCAAAUCAUAUCACAAAAUCAGUAAAAGGUCACCAUUUUCUACAAGAGGAUUCACCACAUGAGAUAGCGAAGAAUAUUCUUGAAUUUUAUAAUCAGAUAAUGUGAAAGUGUUCUAAAUCAUUAUAUCAUGACAAUAAUGCAAUUUAUAUUUCAUUUCAUUGAUUUCUAAUUUUUCAUAAAAUUUUUGAUCAAUUUACGUUUUUGUGUUCUGAUGGAUUGUUGGUCACACAGUUAUGUCACAUCGGUUAAACGAAGCGUUGUGCUAGACCAGACGGACUGUUAUUAAAUAGAAUACAAAAAGUGAUUUGAAAUGGCGAAUUUUGGUAAUCCUAAGGAGGGAGGGGGUAUCUAUAACCGUAAGCCAGUGUUUUAGGAUUAUUAAUGACCGAUGACGAAAUGGAUGAAAAUACUCAACUAGUAGUUAUAUGGCCAAUCAUUACUAUUUUAAUGUAAGCGCCCACAGGAAGAACUCUCGAGCUGGUGAUCUAUAGCAGCGGUUACCAACCGGGGGUCCAUGGCCACAAGACUAGGCUGAAAAUUGAUUUUAAUGCAAAUAUUGCGUACAUUUCCCUUUAAAGGUAUAUUCUCCCUAGUUGCAUGACCAAAUAGGGUUAUUUCUCGGGAUGUUUUCGCUUUCUUGUGCAUGAAUAGUUUGAUCACAAUGGGAUUCGGAAUCGACCAAUCAAAAUAACACAGGUUUCACAAGACUGCGAGGUAGCCGUAGUAGCAUUGUAGGCUAAGAGAUACUGUAUAUAUAUUUAAAUUUUUAAUAAUCCCACGAAACUGAAAUAGGGCGACAAUUGUAUGAUAAUUUUCCUGAUUGUUCAACUUUUUGUGGUUGAUGGGAAUUGCGCGCAUGUGGUGGUCGGAGGAUUGUAAGCAAUAUUCAUGCUACGCUACAAUAUUACUCCAUUUUCGUUUGCCUUUGUCAGCGAUACCAAUAUAAAGUUUGUCUAAAUAUUCAUCCCCGAAAGUGCGAACCCACAUAUAGUAAUAAUCGGUGCGAUGGCAAGUUUCCAAGACAAAAUACGAUCAUCUAAAUUCUAGACCAGCGUUUCCCAAACUGUGGGAAACUGACCCUACAACGCGUCGCCGUCGGCCUAAGGCGAACUAACUAGGGUAGUGUAGUGGCACUUUCGUUAACCUUCGGCCUAGCUUUUUGACUGUUAAGGUCAUCAUCAAGGUUACAGCAAUCCUUUUGGCUUCGCUAUAGGCCAGGGGUGGGCAACCUUUUUUAGCUCGCGUGCCAAAAUCGGCUAAA